AUGAGGCAGUUCUUCUCAGCUUUGCGGAGAACUUCUCCCUCCGCCUGGGCAUUGCCACCCCGAGUCCGCAAUCCCAACUCGAAUGUCGCACGACUAAAGGAUUCGAUCUGCUCUAGAUGUCGCCUGCAGCAAAGGCGCCAAUUUACGCAAUCCCGGCAAUUCACCGAUAGUCUUUCGGUAGUGGAUCAUCCGGCCAAACUGGUUCGGGUGAAUCAGAAGCAUGGUCCCGGUCUGAUCAUUCUUGCUCUAAUUCCAAUUAUCUCAUUCGGACUGGGCUGCUGGCAGGUGCAGCGACUGGACUGGAAAACAAAGCUCAUUGCGAAAUUCGAGGACCGCCUCGUUCGACCCCCACUGCCACUUCCCCCGCGAGUUGACCCUGAUGCUAUUUCCGAGUUCGACUACCGCCGCGUUUACGCUACCGGAGUCUAUGAUCAUGAUAAGGAGAUGCUGGUUGGUCCUCGUAUGCGCGAAGGUGAGGACGGCUUCAUUGUGGUUACGCCUCUCGUGCGUGGUGAUGGCCAGAGUACUGUGCUCGUGAACCGGGGGUGGAUUUCUAAGAAGCAGAUGGCUCAAAAGGACCGGAAAGAAGGACUGCCAAAGGGCGAGAUUACUGUGGAGGGGCUUCUACGUGAGCCUUGGAAGAAGAAUACGUUUACGCCGGAAAAUAAGCCUGCGGAAGGAAAGUUCUAUUUCCCAGAUAUUGCGCAGAUGGCAGAAUUGGCUGGCAGUCAGCCGGUGUGGAUUGAGGAGACUAUGACGCCUGAUCUGAUCGAGUUCAUGAACCGCGAGGCGAAGGGUAUACCCAUUGGUCGUGCGCCUGAGGUCAACCUGCGGAACAAUCAUGCUCAAUACAUCUUCACAUGGUUCGGUCUGUCUUUUGCCACUUCUGUCAUGAUGUGGAUGCUCGUGCGAAAGAAGCCAAACGAGGCUCUGCGCCGAGUUCGCCAGAACCGUAACUGGUGA